AGAGGUACGGCUGGCGCACUCGGUCGGAGCGGCAAAUGCUCUCCGUGACAAGUCCUGCAAAAUCCUGCGUGACGCAGUCGGGAGGGUCCCCGCGCGGGACCGAUGCGCUCGACACCGCAUUGUUGAAAUGGACCGAAGAAGAAAAGAUGGACCACCUGGGGCAGCAUGUGUCUUUGAGCUUGGGGCGGGACAUAAUGGCCAUCGUAGCCGCGAGUCGAUCCUGGAAGGAAACCCGGGAUGUAAUGAUGAGGAAAUACUUAGCAGCAGAGAAAAUGACAACGGAGGCCGGUUUAGCAGCAGUGCAGAGGAAGAACUUCACAACAUACAAUGACUUCCUACGGGAGUUUACCCUCGUAGCACUAAGGAUCCCCGGGGUUACGGAACGGAUAAUGAACAAAUACUUCCUCAGGCAAUUCUUCGAGUUCGACAAAGACAAGAUUUUGUCGGCUUACCAACAGACCAGCAAGUUUGUAAACACCAGGGAUGUUGAUUUCAGCACAGUAAUGGAUCUGGCCGAGAAGACGGUAGUGAACGAGACAUUGGCCUUGCUUAAGGAAUGGGAGGUCAUAGAUCUGACUGGUAGGACAGGUGACAAGGUAAAGAAGGGGAUUGAAAGUCUACAUGAACGGGUGCACGAAGUCGAUAGCAAGAUUGAAAGGGUGGAGAACGCGCUACUAGUUAUGCAAGCGCAAGUAUCCCGACCCGCCCUCCCUCCCCAGGAAGCCGUAGUUCCCCCAGGAGUAGCCAAUCGAGGUUUCGGACAGAGAGAUACCGCUAACGAGCAAUGCAAGUACUGCACCGCGGUGGGAUAUUUUGUGCGCGCGUGUCCAAAACUCAACCAUGAUAUAUUAAAAAGGAGAUGUACCAGGUCAUUAAAGGGAGAGAUAUUCGGACCGCAGGGAGAACGGGUGAAUUGGAACUCACCAGGGGGGAUGCGGCGAGCCAUUAUCAUGCUCGAUGGGCUAGAGAUAGCGGCCGUAGAAGCUGAGCCCGUGGUCGAUAUCAUCUGGGAUCAACUUCGGGGACGCGGGUCGCAGGUCAACUUCAUUCUGGAAAACGACGGACGUGAUACGGUGAACGCGACUACUCGACUAGGGACGGCUGGGAGAAGGAUUAUCCGUGAUACCGUGAUGGAGGAGGUUGUUGGAAGCUCCGUGCCCCAGGCGGAGCCCGAGGCCGGGGAACCAGAGAAAGUUUAUGGGAAACCUAGGGAAGAGGAGCCUAUAGACAAAGUUACCGUUGCUAAAAAGAAGUUUAGGUAUCAAAUUUCGAUCUUAACCAUACUUGAGAUCGAUGACACCCUAACCAAAUUACUAGGAACCAUGGUGUCGGUGUCGUUUCAGACCAUGCUGUAGGGCAGCCCUAGGUUGCUCAGGAGGCUUAGACAACUGUUGACUCGACGGCGAGUAGAGAUAGACAAAAACCCCGAAUCACCGGAAGAAGAAAGGGAGGAGGAAGCUCCGCAAGAAGUCGCUAACCUUCAAAGGAGUCGCGGGGAUUUGGAGGAUCUCAAGAAAGCCUUUGUGGACAUCCGCUUGAGCUUGCCUGACCGAGAAGGUGGCGAGGUCAUGAGGGCACCUCCCAAAACAAAGCUCAGCUUCCAUG